AUGGUAGAGCCAAGUCUUCCAGACCUUCCGGGUCCGGAAGUACCACCAGUGUCAUUGGAUACGCUGCCUGAGAUACAUUCGGGCUUCUUCAUACCUCGUCUCACAGACAAACCGCAGAAUCCUAUCAUGGAUACAAUACAGCUGGUGCAGCGAACACGCGAGCCUGUGUCGUAUCCUCUGCCAGUCGAAGUCGCAGCCUUGGCAGAGGAUAUGUGGGCUGCCAGUGUCGCGGAAGCUCGCCGGAAGAUCGAGGACAAUAUCUGGCAGCGAGUGGCAGCGGAAAAGAAAUCCGAAACGCAUCGUCUGAUGUCUUGGGAAUCGUUACGCGACUCUUUCAGCUCGCGGGCAAUACCUUCCGCGUUUUUGUCGCAACAAGGUCCUCAAGUCUUCGCAUCCGUGCGCCACUAUGUCAGGCCCCAACUGCACGAUCCCUGUAGGCCAUUGGUAUACGUGACUGGCGGCGAUCUGUUGGAAUCCUUGCGCUUGACACUCACAGGCGUUUCGUCUUCCAUCCACAUUUGGGAUCCCCAGUUCGAGCAGUUCGCCUUGCGCGCCGUUCCGCGGGGAACGAAAGGGACCAUCGUCCUGAUUGGUACGGAUGAGGUCAUCAGCGAGAGUAUUCUACAGCGAUUUCUGACGAUCGGGACCUUGAUGCGGCGUCUAGAAAUUCUGAUACAGGCUCACGGGACCAUUCGUGGGCGCACUGACCAAGCCACCUAUUCAUUUAUACAUGCACUUUCUUCAGUGCUUGACAAUUUACGGGAACGACUGGCCGAACCGAUGGCCCCGGAUGGUAUCCCUGGAGCAGUGCUUGACUUCGCCGCAGUAUGGAUGCGAUACGCUGAUGCAGAAGAAAUAUUGCAAGCGCUUGGAGUUCUCUGCAACAGAGAACUGCAUGUGCCACCUUCUGCAUAUGUCCGGUUGCCCACAACUGCGGCAGAGCUUCUAUCCAAGGUCUACCGCCAGCUAGAUGAGAGCCUAGAGGAUCAUUCGCCGCAUGCACUAGCAGCAAUACUGGCCUUCAUCCUGACUGUUACCUCCAAAGAUUAUCUCCGACAACUCGGCCAGUCAGUCGGGUAUAAUGCGUCGGCUGCACCCAGCACCGAUGCGCAUAAAUAUGACGCAGGCCUUUAUGACACUGGUCAAUGGGAGGAAGAGCCUGCCGACGAACAGGACGAGACGUUCUAUGACGAUGAGCAGACCGAUGAGCCCUAUCCAAUCUUCAUUCAGAAUACGCUAGCCAAUGCCUUCCCUCGUGCAAAACGGUCGCUCAAGCUCCUCCGUGAAGCACAGCCAGAUCAUCCACUAUUACACGUGCAAGACGAUCAGACAGAGCAACCUGAUAUCCAUUGGUUCUGGACAGAUGCGGAAGUCGCCGCCGCUUGGUUUGGGCGCAAAGAGAUCGUGAAGCCAGACGACUCGCGCGCGCAGAAUCCUGGCCAAUCAUCGAAGGUCGAUCCUCCUGUUCAAGAAAGGGAAUACAAAGACGAGCUGAAAGAAUUCGCUCUCUUCGACCUGACGCCUGGUCAACAUCUCGAUCUGCUCGCACCGUCAACGUCCAACCUGGACCCCAGGGAGGUGGAUGACCUACAGUCAUUCACCAAGUCUUUUCCGUCCUCUUUUCCGCCGUUGACCCCAAACCUGUCACAUCUGACGACCCUUGUCCUAUCUCCUCUCACUCGCCACAUGGAGGCACUAUCGGCGGCGCUGGUAUCCCUGGUCCUCUCACCCAUUGUUCUGAAUCUCCCCCUGCACCUGUCCAUUCUCCGCUCCUAUCUCCUACUCGCUUCACAUUCCUUCAAAUCGAGGCUCUCUUCCGCGCUGUUCUCCGACUCCGACGACCAGCCAGAGUUUGCGUCGAAGGCAUCUGCUGCGAGUCGCCGAAGUGCGGAAGCGAGUCCGCCACUAGCAGCUGGUCGCUGGGCAGUGGGCCUGUCGCCUUCGUUGACGGUAGCUGCCCUCUGGCCACCGAGUGUCCCGGAACUGAGCUUCCAUCUGCGCACUGUGAUCAACGACUCGUUGCAGAGUUCAAAUGGAUUAUCGCCGGAGCGGUCAGGAAACUCUCCGAUGCACGAAAGCAUUGUACAUGAAGCCGAAUACCGUCUGGGCUUCGCUAUCCGCGACCUGCCGACUGGCACAGGCAAGGAAAGAUGGUUGGAUCCUUUAUCCAUAGAAGCUCUAGACUUCUUAUACAUGGACUACAAGCCCCCGAGACCUCUGCACGUCGUGAUAACGCCAGACGUGCUCUCGAAGUAUCACCGCAUAUUUGCGUUCAACCUCAGGCUCAUGCGAGAUGAUCCCUCGAUAGCUGCGAAUGCUAUGGCGACAACAUACAGAAUGACCCGACGAUCCGCAUCGCCUCUAUUCCCGACCCUGUCCCAAACCAACAAGCUCCUCCUGCACGCCCGCUUCGUCGCCAAUGCGUUCGUAACGGCUCUGUCCUCCUACAUCUAUGACCGCGCCAUCGGAUUCCGAUUUGACGCCUUCCUCGCCAAGCUCACGGUUCCCGUGGAUGGCACGGCGGAAGCGGAAAGCAAGCCACAACACGGCUUUUCCGACGUCUUCGCAUUGGCGGAAUACCACUCCGCCGUCCUCGAUGAUAUCCUCAGCGCAUGCCUUCUACGUUCUGGGCAGAAGGCAGUAGGCGACGUGUUACGAGGAUGCCUCGAACUUGUCCUGGAACUGGCCGUGCUCGCUGGCGACCGCUAUCGGGGUCGAUUGGAGGAGUACCAGGCGGCGCCCCUCCUUGAGGAUGUCUGGGAGAGGUUUAGGAAGAAGAUGCUGACUCUGAUCAAGGUCCUCAGGGCUCUCGUAGACCGAGGUUCUGGAACCUCACGAGAGGCCGUGGAAGACGUUGCAGCGCAGUUAGCGAAUCUGUCCCGUUUGGACGGAGUGACAGGGAGCCUCCACGACCUUGUUACCCGCCUCGAUGUCGCAGACUGGUGGAUACGCAAAUGA